AUGAACGAAAGACGGCUCCCGAGCAGCGCUGAAGUUGAGGAUCUUAAGAAAAAGGUUAGUUUUCUUGUAAAAUAAAAUUCGCAUUCUUUUCGAGACGCUGCGAAAAAUGAAACGUUACCAAAGAAUUUUUUUUCGCCGGCUGAAAUUUUGAUGAAAACUUCUUGAAGUGUACUUUAGGACCUCGUUAUUCCAGAACAAGUAGAAAAUUACUCAAAAUCAAUCUCCUUUUUAAGAUAUAUGAGGCUUCAAAAACUGAAAUAGCGCUUUUCGCUCAUAAUUUGUGUAUUUUACGACCUUUGAAGCUUUAUAACUGUAAUUAAUAUCUAUUGCGCGAAAAUUUUUUUUCUUAUUCUGGAAUCUAAAGGUCGUAAAGUACACUCCGGCAAAGUUUCAUUUAAUCGGGGGUGUUCCCUAGUUAAAUAGAAAAAUUUUUUUGGUUUCUGAAAAUUGUGACGCAUCCGCGAAAUGACCGAUUUUUUUAUUUUUUUAUUACAGUAUGAGUUCGAUAAUGCAAAAAAUGCGAGGAAAGUUCAUUUUUAUCUUAAACGUCAUCUAAACUUAGGAUUUCAGAUGAACGCCGCGGAACAGAUGCUCAGGGAAGGCAUUGCGAAAUAUGCUGAAAGCAAAAAUAAAAUGAGCCAAUUUUGGUGUGAAGCCUCAAAGAAAAAGAACGCAGUCCACGCGGCUCAUGACCACCGAAAAAAAGAACUCAAAGAAGAACGCGAAAAAGAAUCGUGCGAUGUGGACGAAACCUUUCGCGACCCGAGAUCAACACUGUCCGCCGAAGUAAAACGAAAAAAUGCCGAGGAAGAACGAAAACGUGUCGAGGAUAAGUAUAAACUUGAACUAGAAUGUCUGGAAAAUUGGAACUUUUUGGAAAGCACGAACUGGGAUUUUUUUGAUGCAAUCCGCAACGAAAACUUCGAGGCCAAUGCUCAUCAUCGCGACCAUCUUCACUCUUUGAUGAUGACGCUCCGCAGUUCAUUUUUCCAGAGCCCCACUCAAGUUGUCAAGAAAAUUGUCGAUUUUUUGAAGACAAGCGAAACGAAAAGGAUCAGUUUUUUGGAGGAAGAGUUAGCUAGGCUUGCUUUUUUGCGAAGUUCGUAUUCUGACUGGAAGAAACGGGCCCGUGUCGGAAACAUCUUCGUAAAAUUUAUCCAGCCGCGUUUCCAAUUCUUCAUCUUCCACUCGGAAAAAACGUUGGAGCUGCUGAAGUUCAAUCAAAAGGAGCUGGAUAAGAUCCGGAUCAGCCUCGAAGAAUUUUUGAAGCCGAAAGAGGUUCCCAUUGCACCUGUCGAAGAGAAUCAGGUAAAAAUCUUUUUUUUUUUCAAGGUUACCAAAAUUUUUUCAGCUUACUUCAAAUGAUCUUUUGGAAUCCGCUGCUGGAGACGAAGUAGUGCCAGAAUCGAAUACUGGAAAUGGAGGAGAAGUAGAUUAAAUGGAAAUGCUUCCUAAUACAUUUUGAGUUAAGGUGAUUAACGUGGAAACCGAAGCUGGAAACUCGGAAGUCUUAGACAAUUCGUUUGGACAGGAAAAAAGAUCCGCGACAUCCUCUUCCGCGGGAGAGCCGGAAAAGAAACGACAGAAGGUACAUGAAGAAAAAUUUAUUAUUAUCCAAUCUUAUAAGUGUUUUAAAUAAACUAACUUCAGGUUGAGAAGCCUAGAUUUGUUCCUACAGAAAACGAGGUCGAGAAAGAUUUGAAUGAGAAGGUUUGGGAGUUUCCGAAAUGCGAAAAAUCCACAUUUUUUUAGAACUUGGGUAGCUCCACUGGAAGCCCCAGGAACGAUUCUGAUUAUGAAGGCCUUCCGGAACCAGUUGAUGAACUUUCCCGUAAAGUCUCCAAGGUAAUGGAGAUCCGUAAGAAAGUAAUAUUCCAAUAUCGCAAUUGAGAUUGAAGAAGAAGUUGACAAUCCCGCAUUGCCAGUUGCUUCUCCGCGUGAAUCUGUAAGAUUCCUUGGCCUUCCCAGUUUUCGGAAUACAUCCUCACUAACUUCAAAUUCAUUUCAGGUAAAUCCUACCAGCGAGCGGAAGGAUGAAUCUUCAAAACUCGAAGAUAUCGAGGUUUCUACCGUCUUUCUUGUCAGGAAUUUAGAAUCAUCUUCAGACGGUUUUUCAAGAUUAUCUUCGUCAGAAGGAAGAAUAUAUAAACUGCAAAAAUCGCCUGCUUAACAAAACUGAGCUGGAGAUCAAAGAUUCUGUAAAGGUAAAAGUAUUUGCGGAAAUAAAUCUGCUGCAAUGAAUUGUUCCAGGAAAACGCGAGGAAAUUGGAAGAAAUCGCGAAAAAGUUGGAGAUUGGCUGCUCUCAGAAAGAAGUUGGAGUUUCUGCGGUUCGUUUUUCAGUUUUGACGAGUUUUUCAGAAGAAGUAGUUUCAAUUUGAGAACGCUACAAGAACUUGAAGAUAUAGGGGAAGUAAAAAACGGGGUUUGAGUUGAAAGCAGUACCUUAUAGAGCUUUAUGUUGCGAAUUAAUCGGUGUACUCUAAGAAGCACAGGUAUGAGUACUUUUGAAGAAAAAUUCCAUUUUAUUUUCCCGCCUUUUUAGUUUUGAAAUUUGCUUUGAAUCGGUGUACAGACAACUGUCUGCAGUAGUCGACCACGCGAUAUUGCGGACGUGUCGUUAGACUCGCAUCUUUGAGAAAUAACUGGAUAUCUGCUUCAAAUAAAUGGUCUCUUUUUUGAAAAAAACUUAGACAAACAGAAAAAUAAACACUGAUAAUAAAGAAAACGCAAAAUAUCGAAUUCUCAACCGAAAGCUGUAUUAAAUUAUAUUUUGCGAUCAAAUUUUGAUGAUUAUACGUGAAUAAUAUUUCCUUUCUAGGAUUCGACACGACCCAGAGACAAGUCGAUUUGGCUGGAGCUCGAAUCGGUGGCUGAAGAUCUUCAGAAAGUAGCCAAAAAGGGUUUUAAAUGGCAGCAAAUCGCAGACGAAAAUGUUUGAAACUUCACGUUUCUGUACUUUUUUCGAAAUUUUCAUGUGCCCAUGCCCCUUUUCUAUUAUUGUUCGUAUUCCAGUAGGCUGCUUGUUGAAAUUGUUGAUUUACUUGUUGCUUUGUUCAUGUUAUUGUUAUUUUGUGCCUUUAGAAUUUUGACAAUUUUAUUUUCCUUUUGUUUCAUCUCGUUCAUAUUUCACGCUUUUCUGCAUGUUAAUAUAAAUAUUUUUCGUUUUCAAGGUUUUUUUUUUGUCUCAUUUUCAUUGGUUUAGUACCAAUUUUUAUCUAUUGCUUAUGUCAUUUUAAAUUUGAGGUUCACUCAAAGGCUCAUUUUUCGUAUUUCUGUUCUUUUUGUUACCGGCGUGAUAUUCAAAGUGAACUUGUAAACCAUGGUUUACAUACAUCGGCGAAAAAAUCCUCUUGGGUGCGGAGUUGGCUGCGUGACAUUCAAAAACAGAACAUACUAUAGAAGAAAAUGACCGAAAGAAAGCUUCCGAGCAGCGCUGAAGUUGAGGAUCUUCAGAAAAAGGUUAGUUUUCUUGGGAAUAAAGUUCGUUUCGAAACGCUUCGAAAAAUAAACAUUUUUCAAACCCCUUUGAACUGGUGGUAUGAAAAAAACACCAACGAAAAUUCAAACGGCGACUUUUCCGAUUUUUUCAUAUCGCUAGGGAACUUUCCGACGGCCACCUUUCCGACGAAAUUUUUCCGACUUUUUUCCUUUAUAUUUUUCAGUUUUUAAAACAUCUAUAAACAUUUUUUUUCCUAUUUCUUUGGGUGUUUAAUCAUGAAUAAACUACCUACUUUAUAUAGGAAGAUUCAAAACGAUGAUUUUAUCGAGAAAAAUAGUCGUAAAAAAUUUCGUCGGAAAGGUGGCCGUCGGUAAGUUCCCUAGCGAUAUGAAAAAAUCGGAAAAGUCGCCGUUUGAAUUUUAGCUGGUCUUUUUUUCAUACCACCUUUGAACUUUUGAUGAAAAUUUGCUAAAGUGCUCUAUAGGGCCUCCUGAUUUUAUAACAAAAAGCAAUUUCUUGUAGUGGACUUUGGUUUUUUAUUCAAAAGCUUAAAAUAGCGUUUUUUGUCACAUUUUGUAGUGUUUUGAGACGUUUGAUGCCUCAUGAAUCGAAAAGCAGAUUUGAAACGAAAUUGUUUUUUUCUUCAAUCAGAAGUUCCUGAAGUACACUUAAGCAAAGUUUCAUCAAAAAAAUUUCAACCGGGGGCUGAAAAUGAUCCUUAGUUGAAGAAAAAUUGGCACCGAAGAUGGUAUUUUUGGUUUCUGAGAAAGGUGAGUCUUGCGUUAAAUGACCGAUGUGUUAUUUUAUUACAGUAUCAGUUCAAAAGACAAAAAAAUGCGAGAAAAGUCUAUUUGUAUCCUCAAUGUCAUCUAAACUGAGGAUUUCAGAUGAACGCCGCGGAACAGAUGCUCAGGGAAGGAAUUGCGAAAUUUGCUGAAGGUGAAAAUGAAAUGAGCCUAAUUUGGUGGGAAGCUUCGAGAAAAAGGAACGCAAUCCACGUGACUCAUGAGCACCGAAAAAGGAAACUGCGACUCGACCGCCAACAAGAACUUUGGGAUGUGGACCAAAUCUUAAGCGACCCGACAACAUCACUGUCCGUCGAGGAAAAGCGGAAAAAUGUCGAGGAAAAACGAAAAAAUAUCGAGAAAAAGUAUAUUCUUGACCUGGAAAGCGUGAAAAAUUGGAACUCUCUGGAGCGCAAGAACUGGGAUUUGCUGAAUGAAAUCCAAUACAGUAGCUUCAAAUCCAAUACUUAUCAUCGCCGUCAUCUUUAUUCUUUGAUGAUGAAGCUCCGUAGCUCGCUUUCCCAGAGUCCUACUCAAGUCGUCGAAGAGAUUCUCGACUUUUUGAGGACAAGCGAGGAGAGAAGGCUCAGCUUGUUCCAGGAAGACUCCGCUGAACUUGCUUCUUUGAAAAAGGUGUUGUCUGACUGGCAGAAACGGAUCGAAGCUAGCGAUAUCCCCGAAAAAGAUAUCGAACCCGUUUUUCAAUUCUUCAUCCUCGACUUGCAAAAAAAGUUGGAGCUGCUGGAAUCCAAUGGAAAGGAGAUGGCUGACCUACAGAUCAGCCUCGAAGAAUUUUUGAAGCCGAAAGAGGUUCCCAUUGCACCUGUCAAAGAAAAUCAGGUAAAAAUCAUACGACUUUUUUCGAGGUUAGCAAAUUUUUUCCAGCUUCCCUCAAAUGAUCUUUUGAAAUCCGCUGCUGGAGACAAAGUUGCGCCAAAAAUUAAACGUGAGAUUGGAGAUGAAGUAGAUCAAAUGGAAAUAUUUUCCAAUACAUUUUCGAGCUCAGACGCUCAAUGGAGAGUCCGAAGCUGGAAACUCGGAAGUCUUCAAAAAUUCGGUUAAACUAGAAAGUAGUUCCGUCGCGACUUCACCUUCUACAAAAGACGAACCAGAAAAGAAGCGCCCAAAGGUACAGGAAAAGAAUUAUUGUUACAAAGUUACUCAUCUUUUUUUUCCUAUUUCAUAGUUUUAAAUAAACUAACUUCAGGUUGAGAAGCCUGGAUUGGUUCCUACAGAAAACGAAGUCGAAAAAAAUUCGAAUGAGAAGGUUUGGGAAUUUCGGAAAUGCGAAAAGUCCACAUUUUUGUAGAACUUGGGUAGCUCCACUGGAAGCCCCAGGAACGAUUCUGAUUAUGAAGGCCUUCCGGAACCAGUUGAUGAACUUUCCCGUAAAGUCUCCAAGGUAAUGGAGAUCCGUAAGAAAGUAAUAUUCCAAUAUCGCAAUUGAGAUUGAAGAAGAAGUUGACAAUCCCGCAUUGCCAGUAGCUUCUCCGCGUGAAUCUGUAAGAUUCCUUGGCCUUUCCAUUUUCAGAAUACAUCCCCAUUACUUUGAAAUUCAUUUCAGGUAAAUCCUAUCAGCGAGCAGAAGGAUGAAUCUCCCAAACUCGAAGAUAUCGAGGUUUCUUCCGUCUUUCUUGUCAGGAAUUUAAAAUCAUCUUCAGACGGUUUUUCAAGAUUAUCUUCGUCAGAAGGAAGAAUAUAUAAAUUGCAAAAAUCGCCUGCUUAACAAAACUGAGCUGGAGAUCAAAGAUUCUGUAAAGGUAAUCGAAGUGUUUCCGGUAAUAAACCUGCUGCCUCGAAUUAUUCCAGGAAAACGCGAGGAAAUUGGAAGAAAUCGCGAAAAAGUUGGAGAUUGGCUGCUCUCAGAAAGAAGUUGGAGUUUCUUCGGUUCGUUUUUCAGUUUUGACGAGUUUUUCAGAAGAAGUAGUUUCAAUUUGAGAACGCUACGAGAACUUGAAGAUAUAGGGGAAGUAAAAAAACAGGGUUUGAGGUGAAAGCAGUAACUUAUAAACUUUUUCAUUGCGAAUGGAUCGGUGUACUCAACAGAUAUGAGCACUUUUAAAGAAAAAUGCCAUUUUACUUUCCCGCCUUUUAUUUUGAAAAUGCUUCGGAUCGGUGUUUCAACUUUUUUCUUUCAAAUCGAAACAUUUUUUGGCUAAUGAUGAGUUACCGUGUUUCAUAUAGCAAAGCCAAGUUGAAGCUGAAUCGAAUAAUUUUGAGCAAAGUUGUUGCCAAAAAAACACGGUCUGCAUUUAUUUUUGACCAGACUGUAGGUCCAAAAAACGUUAUAAUGUUUUUUUAGAACUCCUACUAACUAAUAAUUACCUUUCAAGAAUUCGACUCGACCCAGAGACAAGUCGAUUUGGCUGGAGCUCGAAUCGGUGGCUGAAGAUCUUCAGAAAAUAGCAAAAAAGGGUUUUAAAUGGCAGCAAAUCGCAGACGAAAAUGUUUGAAACUUCAUCUUUCUCUAAUUUUUCAAAACUUCUAUGUACCGGUUUCUUUUUUUCGUUCCUGUUCGUAUUUCAAUCGUUGACAAUUCGAUUUACUGGUUGCUUUGUUCAAAUAUAUUUUCCCUGUUAUAUGAUCUCGGUCAUUUUUUCAUGCUUUUCUGCAUGGUAAUAUAAACAUAUAAAGAUUUAUCGUUCUCAAGGUUCUCUUUGUCUUUCUUUGAUUUCAUUGGUUUCGUACCAAUUUUUUUAUCUAUUUUUUUCAUUAUUUUUAGAUUGGAGGUUUGUUCAAUCGCUCAUUUUUCGUUUUUCUGUUGUUUUUGUUACCGGCGUGGUAUUCAAAGCGCACUUGUAGGCUGUAGUUUUCAUACAUAGGCGAAAAAUUACUUUUUUUUUGCCAACUGUCGCUGGAAGUUACAAGAAAAAAGAUCAAUAUAUUUUCGCAAACUUAGACGUUGAAAGUAGAGAAAAGUUUCUAUCAGUUUUGUGUGAUUCUAUUAAUUUUUAGCGGCCUUCGUUCAUAUUGUCUGUUCAGAUUUUGAAUGUCAAGUCAUCGCUCAAACUCCGCCCCUUAGAUCAAACCAAUCAGAGAGCGAGCCAUCCACAGAGCGUUGUAGGAUUGGAGACGGAGUUUGCUGCUUGACAUUUAAAAUCUGAACCUAUAUAGGUUGUUCAUAUUACUGGAUUUUUUUAUUCAGACUUGAAACUUCAAAGUAAAUUUUGCAGAUAGGAACAACCGAAAAAAUGAAAGAAGAUCAGCGUCCUCCUUGUUCUACCGAACACGCCUUUCGGAAUAUUAUAUGGAAGGUGAGAUUUAAAAUAUUGACAAAAACGAAAAAAGUUAAUCUAAAAAAAAAGUAGAAAUGUAAAUUUGAGAGCUCAAUAUUUUUUUUUCCGAAUCAUAGAAAAUUUCUUGAAAAAAAAAUAAUAAAACGUUCCCUAGUCAGUUUUCUCUUUCACAGGUGCAGUCAUAUUGAAAGGCUGAGUUUAUAGAAAGAAAUUGACUGACUCGAAUUGGAUAUCCAGUUCGGAAGAUUAUUCGAAAAUAUUCCAGGGUUCAGUUGAAAAUAUCCGAAUAAGAAAGAAUGGACUCAUUUAGAAAAAGGCCCAAUUUUUCAAUUGAAAAUCGAAACGUAUCCAAGAAUAUUUGAAAGUUUUGAUUUUACGGUAGAUCUUUGAAUAAUACUUGAGUAAUGCGUGAGUUUGCGAAAAUAAUUUUGGCGAUUGAAACUUUUUUCAACGUUGUUUCGAAAUCAUUAUUUCAGAUAGCUGCGUUGAAAAUACAUCUUUCUGGUAGAGUUGAAGAGGUUUCGGGCGUCAAAAUGGAAAUGGCUCGGUUAUUGAAAGAAGCCAUUGAUGAGAAGAACACGGCCGACAAAUUUUAUUAUCGGCAGUUAAAUGAAUUUCAAGCCGGAUUCAGUCGUGAAAGCUGGGAUUUAUGUUCCGGACAUUACGGCCUCAGCCUCCCGCCAUCCGUUCAAACAGACCUCGCAAAUCUUGAAAAAGAAUAUGAAAAUAAAGAACGUCGGCUAAACUAUUCGAGACAACGGGAGCACGAGAAUUAUGGAUUAUUGGUCGACGUUCGACAGUCGGACUUCAAUCUCAACGAAAAACUUCUGGAGCAACUUUUUCGUGAAAAUGAAACUUUUGGAACAAUCAUGGAUCAACUACGUUUCGACCGAGAAGAGGUUUGUUUUGAACCUUUUGAAUCUCAAUUUCAGUGUUUUUUUAUUCUUUUACUGUUGUCGAAUGAGGUCAAGAUUUCGGUGAUUUAAAGGUCAAUUUUUCGGCAUGCUGGAAAAGUCGGUCGGUUUUGAAAACUAUGCCACGCCGCAAUUUUGCUCCAUGGAACACUUAGAAUUUCAAUCUGUUUUUUUUCCUCUCAGAAUUUUUUCUCUCUUUUUAAAUGUUACCAAGGUUUUCCCUUUUUCUCAUUCAAGUCUAUCGUUUUCGCGAGCAAAAUACGAUGGUUACUACAUUCAAAAUUAUAAACUGAUUCAGUUUUUUUGAGAAUUAUUAUUUAUUUUUUUGGAUCAAAAAAAUAACUUCAUAUAACCAAAUGAGUGAAAUUGAGAAUCAUAAGUUAUUGAAAAAUGAGAUAAUGUGUAAAAUACAAACAAAAAAGGCAAGAAACAAAAUUACAUCCAGUAAAACGUAAAACAUUGCCGAGAAUAACGAUAAUAAAUAAGGAACAGUUCAGUUCGAAGUGAGUAGCAUGUGUCCUAUAUCCUAGAAAACUGAUAAAUAGAAAGGUAAAAUAUCUCAGGCACUGGUGCGCGCACGCGCGGGGGUACUGAUUCUUUUUUCGCCUUUUUCACUGAAAUACGGUUUUGAAAUAGAUUUUUUAUAUUUUUGUGAUACUACCUUGUGUCCCUGCUCACGUUUUAAAGUUGUUCCGAGCACUUUCGAACAAAUUUAUUGAAAAGAAUUGCCAAGUGAAACUUUGAUAUUUAAAAUUUUUUUGGGCAAUCUAAUUGUUAUAAACUGGUGCAGAGCAAUGUUAAAAAGAUGAACAGACAUGAAAAAAAUAUUAAAUUUAUAACUUUUCAAUUAGUUAAAAAAAGCUAAAAAAACAAAAGAGACACCCGCGCGUGCGCGCAGCAGGCGGCGCGCAUGCGCACUUUUGGCAACAAACACGCGCCGUCAGUGCCUGAGAUAGAAAAAGAGAAAAAAAAAAAAUCUGAAAUUCGAUUUUCCAUGGAGCAAAAUUGCGGCGCGGCCUAGUUUUCCAAACCGACCGACCGACUUUUCCAGCAUGCCUGCCACAUAUAGUCUGUUCAGAUUUUGAACGUCAAGUCGCUUCUAAAGCUCCGCCCCUAAUGGCCCGAUAAGCCAAUCAGAGAGCGAGCCAUCCACAGAGCGUUUUCGAAUGACGUCAUUUUACUUGACAUUCAAAAUAUGAACAAACUAUAACAGAUAACUUCCUAAGUUAAAUAUUUAUCUCCAGAUCAAUAUGAUUACAAAGUUCGAACUCGAUCCGCGUAAAAGAAUACACUUACAAGGGAGAUCAUUUUACUUUGCGGUUGGGAUUUCCCUGAAAAUUGGCCAGAACGACCAAAUAACCCAAAUUGCGCAGAAAAAGUCUGCGCCUAACCGUAAAAUACAUGAAACUAGGCUAUUUUGAGGCUUCAAGUCCUUUUUUUUAUCGAAAACUAAGGAGUUUGAGGUUGAGACUUUCAAGAUCUUCAUCUGGUACAUCAAAAAGUGUUCUGGCCAGUUUUCAAAAAAUUCCCAAUCACAAAGUAAAAUGACUUUCCCUGUUAGUUUUCUUGUUGCUGGAACAUUUAUUUCUCUCAGAAAAGUUUUUUCAGGAGCAAUGUAUUGAAAUCCUCAAAUCGAUUCUCAGUUUCCUGGAGGAAAACGAGAAGAACAGGAUUCAACUCAGGCAGAACUAUACGGAUCGAUGUUAUUGUUUGACUGCUCGUCAUGCCGACUGGAAUCAACGCUUAGAUGUCCGCGACAUUUCUGAAAUGAGCACCGAAUCGACUUUCCAAGCCGUUUUGGCCAAUUUCAACGCAAGAUUAGAAAUGAUGACAGAAGGCGAUGAGAAGAUGAAAAGGCUCCGUAUUGCGAUCAGCGAUUUUUUGGAGGAGAAGAAGCGAUGUCUCACAAAAGCUCCUAUCGAACAUUUGAAGGUUUGAAGAGACAUAUUUAAAGUUUUGCUCAUAAGAAAGAUAGUUUCUGAAUCGCGUAUUUCAUUUUAUAUUUUAGAUAUUCCCCAAAUCGUUUUCAUGUUGAUUAUCAGCUCUACAUGUAAAACAAUAAAGAAUCUUCAAUUCACAUCCAUGACCUUUCGAAUCAUUCUAAAUCUUAUUUUUAGAAUGUUCCGCUAUCCACAAAUAUUCGAAAUGAAGACGUCACGCAAGGACUGGUUCCAGCUUCUGAUCCGACUCCAGAAGUAUACAUUUUUUGAUUUGAAAAAAAAAUUCGAAAUUCCUUUAGGUUCGAAAACAAGUCGAAAUUCUCUUGCGAAAGGUUGAUUCUCCUACUGGAUAUAUCACUACUAUUGAAGAUUUUCGUCGGCUUUUUGGAGUCAAGGUAUCGACAAAAAACUUCUAAUUUCUCUGGACUCUAACAAAAGUUCCGUUGUAACCAUAAAGUUUUGCAUUAAAUGCCCAUUACGGUACUUAUUCCGUACACGAUUUCGAAAUGUUUCUUUUACCAAGAUCAAUAUUUUCUACAUUUUCAUCCUAGGAUGUGACAGUAGCUUUAAAAAAACUUUUUUUUUCCACCCGGUUGCCCCAGGGGUGUACGCCAUCCAGGUCCAAAGCGGGGUGCACAAAAAACUUUCACGAAAAAUCCACGUUUUUCGGAAUUCACUGCGGGUUCCAUUUUCGUUGAAAUUUUAUUUGAAAUGUCCCCUAGAGAUAUGAAAAUAUCAUAAAAGUGGCCCUUCGAAGUUUCGCGGGAUUUUUUCAUACAGUCUGUGUGCCACGACUUGAAAUUUCACGGAACGACAUUCCGCUGUUCCGCUGCGUGCGGUCGCGAAGCGUCUUUCGAAUCUAGGUCACGCUUUCAAUUGAUUGUUAUUGCUGUGGGAGCACAUGAAACUAGAGCACCUUAAUAAAAGCACGACCAAGGUUCGCAAAGGCGCACAGCGGAAUGUCGUUCCGUGAAAUUCCAAGUCGUGUAACACAGGCUAUACUUCUCUUUUUUACUUUCAACUUGAGUCAAAUUUAGACCGACGGAUCCUCGGAGCCUACACUUGCUCCUAUCGAACCUGUGAGUUUUGAUGAAGCUGGUUAUCCGAUGAAUUUUUUUAUUUUGGCAAAAAUAGAUACCUUUUCUGACGGGGAUGGAACAUUUCUAAGUCAAAUUUAUAAAAUGAAUUUUAAGGCUCUCGAACAUGCUGAUAACACGCAAAAUUUGGGUCUGAAGCCAGAAACUCGAGAUAUUUGUCCUGAAAUCGUUCCUCCGGAGGAAGAAUCAAAGUCUGAGCUUAAUUUCCCGUUUUCAAAACUUAUCGAAAAUUCUCAGGACAGAAAAAACUACAGUUGAACAAUCGAACGCCUUGCCAAAUUUGGCCUUCGAAACUGAAAAGAAGCGGAAUGACGAAUCUCAUGACAGUGAUACUUCGAAGUCUUCUGAGACCAACAGUCUUUUCGCUUCUAUCAGAAAAACUUCUUCCGACAGUUCUUUCGAAAGAAUUUCCAGUGCUCAGGUCAGAAAUGCUCAAAAAUUCGUCAUACAGCGGAACUUUCCGACUGUUUCUGAUGACACGGGGAGUCGGAAUGACUUGGACGAAGCUUUUAGCUAACAAGGCAACUUUUUUUACCCCCCGGUUGAAACUUUUAUGUUUUGAGAAAAAUUUCUGAUUGAAUUUCAACCGUUUUCAUAGAUUUCUUCUGUGGGAAAAAUAGCAAAAAUAAAUUUCGUUAAAAGGAUUCGAACCCUGACCAUAGUCUCCGCAGUGCUGGCACCCUAGCCACUACACUAACCGGCCAACUGGAAGUAAGGGCGCGUGCGCAAGACACAUUUCUUCUUGCUGCGUUCCACUCAUUUCACGUGCAAACUUUUAGCCGUCAUAACUCGGCUACGAGGCAAAAGUCGAGAAAUUAUGUUCUUGAUUUGGAAUCAGCAUGCCUUAAAGUACAUCCCUGCGAAGUUCCGUCAAAAGUUCAACCGGGGGGUAAAAACAGUUCCCUUGUACAUUUAGAGCUGUUCAAAUAUGCUCAAUUUUUUAUUUUACGUGUUCCAAAAGUUUUUAAGUUCUUAAAAAGUUUCAUGUUCAUUUAAAGUAGCAUUUUUGCCUCUAAAAAUAUUUCAUUUUUAGGUAGAAGGAGAAGAAGAAGACGAUGAAGACGAGUUGGAAGAAGAAGAAGAAGAAGAUGAAGACGAGUUGGAAGAAGAAGAAGAAGAAGAAGAAGAAGAAGAAGAAGAUGACGAGUUGGAAGAAGAAGAAGAAGUUUUCGAAAAGCUGGACUUAUCCUCUUUGUAUCCCGUGAGUUUUUUCUAAACACCUCAGGUCAUAUUGUUACAUCCUUGGUUUUGAUAAUUUACCAUAAAAGGAAAUAUUGAAUUAUUCAGUAUAUAGUACAAUUUAAAGUACAGAAGAAUACGUUUUGCUAAGCCGCGCUUAUAAGAUAAAAACUAGAUCUUCUUAUAGUCUGUUCAGAUUUUGAAUGUAAGCAGCUAACUCCGCCCCCAAGGCUACAAUGUCUUUCGCGUCAGUGUUUUAUCGCGCGUGACGAUGCUCCUUUAAUAGUGCUGCAUUUUUGACUCAUUUUUCUAGCCUUCUCUGACAUGGGCGCAAAAAGAUCGCCACAAGUCUUUCUUGUCGUUUCUCGCAGCUAGAUAAUGACGAAAUAGUGAGUGUCAGAGAAAAAGUUUCUGCGAUCUUUUGGCGCCUCUUGUCUGAAUUUAAAUUUAAGAAAAAGCUCAAAAAUCAUCACGCGCGAUAAAAAAUCGUCACGAAAAGGUACUGUACCAACAGGCGCGGUGUUAACGAAAUUCAAAAUCUGAACAUACUAUAGACCCAUACCGUAACGCAUUUUUUGAUAAUUUUGUGCGAAAAACGUUACGCAAUAUGAAAAAAAUUAUAUUGUCUGUUCAGAUUUUUAAUUUCAAGUGCAAUGACGUCAUUCAAAAACACUCUGUGGCCGGCUCGCUCUCUGAUUGGUUUAUCGCACCAUUAGGGGUGGAGCUUGAGCGAAGUCUUGACAUUUGAAAUCUGAACAGAAUAUAUUCACAUGUGUACAUUUUAACAUUCAUUUUCGACGUUUUUCUAGUUUGCAUGCCGAUUUUAUCAAAUUAUCAGCCAUAAAUUGAUCAAACCUGUAAUAUUUCCAGUUCAACUCGCUCAGAGUCUCAGAAGAUGACAUCAGUCCAGAAAAUAUUCAAAACUUCAAGGUUUUUCUUUUCGAUCUUCAGAGAAUAUUCAAAAUUUUCUCCAGAAAUGUUAUUCCGUGUUCCAAAAUCUGCAAGAAAUGUGCACGAUUGGCAAAAAUCGCCUGGAUAAAUUGACUCAGGAAAACCAGAAAAAGUCUUUGAAUAAAGUCAAGGUAUUUUGGCUCUUUAUGGAGAUAUCAAAAUGGAUGAUUUUCAGAAUGAUUUGACGAAUUUGAUGGAAAUCUUGACUAAAAUUGAGCUCAGCUUCUCGGAAGAAAAUGUUUCGGUAUCUUUUUUUUCAAACAAAAUAAUGUGCUCCUUUAUUUUUCUUCAGGUCCCAGAAAGCUCUAGCGACGAUUCAAUGUGGCUUUCCUUCGAAUCUUCCAUUGAAGACCUGGAAAACAACGCAAAAAACCUCAUUUCCAUGCAUAAACUCAAAAAAGAAUUUUCGUAA